UUACUAUGAAAGAACAUUUCUUUAGAAAUACAAAUUACAAUUUUAGAUUCAAAUCGAAGAAUAGUUCAACACAAAAACCUUAAGAAAGCCUUUCACAUAAUUAUUUCAUCAUAUUUGUUCUAAAUUAUAACCAUAAACUCAAUAUGGCUAUGAAAAUGGUGGUGGUGGUUCUUGGCAUGGUGGCUGCUAUGGUGCAACACUCAGUGCAACAUGAUGAUCAUUUGACAAUUCCUGGUUCUGGUUGUGUCCGUAAAAUCUAUGGCCAAAUUUUACCUUUUGGCAUCGUUGUGACUAGCGAAUUUGCCGAACAGGCGCUUAACGAGUCUGGUGUAUUUACUCCGACUACAUUCGUUGAUUUGCAUGGCAGAAAAUUCAUCCGUGGGAUUAUAUAUCAAACUACUGUCGUGUACGUUAGAACUCUAAGCACUCCAUCGAUAAAUGUGGGUCUAACUGCCCAAAUUUUGGCUGAUAACUUCAAUCUGAGCGGAAUCAUUUACUAUGGAAGUGCUGGAGCUACUAAUGAGAGCUUAUCGAUAGGCGAUGUUCAUAUUCCAGGACAGCUUGCCUUCACCGGAAACUGGGAUUGGCUGAGCAUGGCCAAUUUUCCUGUUGGCGAGCUUAAUAUCGAAGAUUUUAACGUUCCACAAAGUGGUGCAAACUCGUUGGGAAGUAUAAUGUUCGAAAGAAACAGCGAAAUGUACUACAAUGGUGAGACUAAAAAUCGUUUCUGGACUCCGGUUAGCCCUGAAUGUCUCUCUUAUGCAUCUAAGAUUAUGCCUGGACCAGAAAUACCAGUAGUUUGGUUUCAACUCAAUGCUUCUAGCUCCGACAUUUACGUCGAAAAUCCAUCAUACAGAGACUUCCUUUACAAGAAAUUUAGGGUUUCAAGUGUUGAUACUUCCUCAUUUGCUAUUGCAUUGGCUGCUUUGUCGAAUGAUUUACCAUACAUUGUGUUCCAUGGAAUUUCAAACAUGGCAGAUGAGUAUCCGCACAGAGAAGCAAGCUUUAAUGCCAACGUCAAUGCUGUGAAGGUUCUUUUGCGAUUCAUUUGGCUAACACAAGAACAUUGACUUGGUUCUUAAAAGUGGUCAAGCUUUUCCCUUUCAGAUACUAAAUAAAUAAAUUAUUGGCCCUAUUUAUUUUUACAAAAGAUAGCUAGGGUUUUAUUUA